AUGGUAAAGGAUGGUGUUAUUGAACCUUCAUCUAGUCCAUGGUGUUCACCUGUGGUGCUGGUAAAGAAGAAGGACGGCAGCAUGCGGUUUUGUGUUGACUACCGCCGCCUGAACGACGUUACGAAGAAGGACAGCUAUCCCUUGCCUAGAAUUGAUGACACGCUGGACAUGCUCACAGGCGUAAAGUGGUUUAGUACGCUGGACCUGAAAAGUGGCUACUGGCAGGUUGAAAUUGACCCUAAGGACAAGGAGAAAACUGCAUUCUCCACAGGAAAGGGUCUGUGGCAGUUUAAAGUCAUGCCGUUUGGAUUGUGCAAUGCUCCAGCAACGUUUGAAAGAUUGAUGGAGCUUGUACUUACCGGGCUAAUUGGAGAUGCCUGUCUGGUCUAUUUGGAUGACAUCAUCAUCGUAGGCCGUACGUUUGAGGAACACCUUCAAAACCUGGAACGCGUGCUCAUGAAGAUCCAGAGUGCCAACCUCAAGUUGAGUCCAAAGAAGUGCUCACUAUUCAAACGGCAAGUUAGUUUUUUGGGGUAUGUAGUGUCGGAAGAAGGUAUCCGCACGGAUCCAGAAAAAAUUGCCGCUGUCAAGGAGUGGCCGGUUCCAAAAGACAAGACACAGGUUAGAGCAUUUUUGGGUUUGUGCUCUUAUUAUCGGCGAUUUGUGAAGAACUUUGCAGAUAUAGCCAAACCUCUGCACAAGCUAACCGAGGAGAAGCGACAAUUCUGCUGGGAUGAAAGUUGCUAUAUUGCAUUCCAGGAGCUCAAGAACCGUCUAUGCAAAACACCUAUUUUGGGGUACCCUGAUGCGGGCAAGGAAUUCAUAGUUGACACGGACGCAAGUGAUAUAGGACUUGGCGGUGUGUUGUCUCAAAGGAAUGGUGAUCAAGAGAUUGUGAUAGCGUACUUCAGCAAGUCGUUGUCAAAGCCGGAAAGGAACUAUUGUGUCACAAGACGGGAAUUGCUUGCUGUGGUAAAGUCCUUGCAGCAUUUUAGCAAAUAUCUUCUAGGGCGGAAAUUCCACUUACGAACUGACCAUGCUGCACUGAAAUGGCUAUUGCAGUUCAAAAAUCCGGAAGGACAAGUUGCGAGAUGGAUUGAACUACUGCAGGAAUACGACUUUGUGAUCGAACAUCGCAGCGGGAAAUCUCAUGGCAAUGCAGAUGCAUUGUCAAGAAGACCUUGCCCUGAAUAUUGCAAGCAUUGUACUAGGCAAGAGGGUAAAGAAGUGGUAUCUGCGAGGAUAUUCAGGACAGACCAGCUCAGCAAUGAAUGGAAGGACAACCUACAACAUGCACAGCAGGAAGAUUCGGACAUUAAGCCGAUUCUGGAAUGGAUGAAGGCCAGUGCUCCUAAGCCCAAGUGGAGCGACGUCUCAGCAAUGAGUUCGACCACGAAAAGCUAUUGGGCCCAAUGGGACAGCUUGCUGAUUCAGGAUGGAGUCCUGUGCCGUAAAUGGGAAAAUGGUCGGGGAGACAGAUGUCAUUUGCAAAUGGUUGUCCCUAAGGCUAAAGUACCGGAUGUUCUACAACUGUACCAUAGUAGUUCUUCAGGAGGCCACCUGGGAGUUAAACGAACUCUCCUGAAGAUCCAAGAACGGUUUUACUGGGUCCACUGUCGUGACGAUGUCGAGGACUGGUGCCGCAAAUGUACAAGUUGUGCGGCUGUAAAGGGACCUCAAAUUCGUAGUAGAGGCGCAUUGAAAUUGUACAAUGUUGGUGCACCAUGGGAGAGGAUAGCCAUUGACGUUGCGGGGCCGUUUCCGGAAAGUAAAAGUGGUAACAAGUAUUUCAUGGUUGUGAUGGAUUACUUCACUAAGUGGCCAGAAGUCUUCGCCAUUCCAAAUCAAGAAGCUUCAACAGUUGCAGAUAAACUAGUUCAUGAAGUCUUCUGUCGUUUUGGAGUACCCUUAGAGAUUCACAGCGAUCAAGGAAGGAAUUUCGAGUCUCAAAUAUUCCAGGAAACUUGCAGAGUUAUGGGUACUCAUAAAACACGAACAACUUCUUACCACCCACAAUCUGAUGGAAUGGCACAACCGUUUUUGUUGUCAUAUCGAAGCGCUGUUCACGAAAGUACAUCAUUGACGCCAGCUUUCGCAAACUUUGGGAGAGAAUUACGGCUGCCUGCAGACCUGAUCACCGGAAUACCACCAGAUGCCCCACGCAGUAUAACCGAUUAUGCAAAUGACUUGCGGAACAAAAUGAAUGACAUUUAUGAGCACGUCAGACAGACGGGCCAGCAAACGUCUGAGAAGAUGAAAACACGGUAUGACCGCAAAAUAAACAACAAGGGGUUUGAUGAAGGUUCUCUAGUGUGGUUACACAAUCCAGUUCGCAGCAAAGGGAAAUCUCCUAAGCUUCAAGCUAAAUAA